AUGGCACACAUCUUUGACAUAGCCGCAGCGAUCAAUGACACUUCGGGCCUUUACAAAGAUGGGGUCAAGAUCGAUUUGAACCGUGUCAAAUUCCCGUCGACGGAUGUCUUUCAUGGCAUCAACAAGGCCUCUCGCAUUGAGGGGGACGUCUUCGACCUCGAAGUCACGGGAAACAUUCCGCCCGAGAUCGACGGCACCUUCUUUCGCGUACAGCCAGAUCACCGCUACCCUCCAAUCUACGAAGACGACAUCCACUUCAACGGCGAUGGAAAUGUGACGGCUAUCCGCAUCUCGCAUGGGCACGCGGAUUUCAAACAGCGCUUCGUCCACACGGAGCGGUACCGGUACGAAACGGCGGCAAGGAAGGCACUUUUUGGCAAAUACCGCAACCCGUACACCGAUAAUGAAGUGGUUAAAGGCGUCAUUCGCACCGCCGCGAAUACGAAUGUAUUCUUCUGGCGCGGAAUGCUGCUAGCGACUAAGGAAGACGGACCAGCAUACGCUAUGAACCCCGAGACGUUGGAUACGAUUGGCAGAUAUGAUUUCGAGGGCCAAGUUCUCUCGCCCACGUUCACAGCUCACCCGAAAUUCGACCCCGUCACAGGCGAAAUGGUUUGCUAUGGCUACGAGGCGGGUGGAAAUGGCAACGAUGGCUCCUGCGACAUAGUCGUCUACACUAUCAGGCCCGACGGAGUCAAGACGGAGGAAGCUUGGUACAAAGCGCCAUUUUGUGGCAUCAUUCACGACUGCGGCAUCUCAGAGAACUACCUUGUCCUCCCUAUGACACCGUUGAAAUGCGACCCUGAAAGGUUGAAGAAUGGAGAGAACCACUGGGCAUGGGACCCCGAAGAGGAUCAGAUGUAUGGCAUAGUGCCUCGGCGUGGUGGUAAGCCCCAGGAUAUCAUUUGGCUGCGUUCCCGAAAUGCAUUCCAAGGCCACACUGCCGGAUGUUACGAGAACGAGGACGGCCACAUUGUCUUCGACCUGACCAUCGCCGACGGCAACGUCUUCUUUUUCUUCCCGCCAGUUGACAAGCCAGUGACGAUUCCGAGGCUUGUCAACAAGACAACGCGCUGGAUCUUCGAUCCAAAGGCCAAAACUGGCUCGUACGUGGAACCCUUUCAAGAGCUUGAUACCCUCCCCGGCGAGUUCUCCCGCAUCGACGACCGCCUGGUUACCAAAAAAUACAACCACUUUUGGCAGUGUAUCAUCGAUCCUAGCCGGCCAUACGACGCGGAGCUGUGCGGCGUGCCGGUCGGCGGGCUGUUCAACUGUCUCGGGCAUUUCAUGUGGGACGAUAAGACCUUCAGCGACGUUUUCUAUGCAGGUCCCACAUGCACAUUCCAAGAGCCGACGUACAUCCCGAAGCGAGGAGGUGAGGAAGGAGAGGGGUGGAUAAUUGCGCUCCUGAACCAUCUGGACGUCCUCCGGAACGACAUUGUGAUCUUCGACGCGAAGAAUUUGGCCGCAGGGCCAGUGGCCAUCAUCCACCUACCGUUUGCCCUGAAACUCGGUCUGCACGGGAACUGGGUCGACCAGAGCGAGAUCCAGGCCUGGCAGGCGCGCAGGAGUGAAAAUGGUGACCUUGGCCCGGUGAAAGCAGCAGACCGGCCUCUCCCGUGGCAGCUGAAAGAUGCUGGAGAGACGAAUGGGAACGCGAACGGCGUAAAUGGGCAUUGA